AUGGGGAAACUGAGGCCCGGGAAAGUGGAGUGGCUGGCCCUCGGUCACACAGGAAGGCCCACACUCCGCCCCCUCCAGAACCUCCUUCUGCUGUGGACCCUCCUGAACUGUGGUUUAGGGGGCAGUGCUCAGGGUCCAGGUGAGUGGACCCCAUGGGGUUCCUGGAGCCGCUGUUCCAGCUCUUGUGGGCGGGGUCUCUCGGUGCGCAGCAGGCGCUGCUUCUGGUUUCCUGGGGGAGAGCCGUGCUGGGGAGACUCCCACGAGUACCGCCUCUGCCCUUUGCCGGACUGUCCCCUAGGGGCCAUUCCCUUCCGAGAUCUCCAGUGUGCCCUCUACAAUGGCCACCCUGUCCUGGGCACCCAGAAGACUUACCAGUGGGUGCCUUUCUAUGGUGCGCCCAACCAGUGCGACCUCAACUGUCUGGCCGAGGGCCACGCCUUCUACCACAGCUUCGGCCGCGUCCUGGAUGGCACCCCCUGCAGCCCGGGGACCCAGGGGCUCUGCGUGGCUGGCCGCUGCCUCAGCGCCGGCUGUGACGGUUUGCUGGGCUCGGACGCCCGCGAAGACCACUGCGGCCGCUGCGGCGGCACCAACGAGUCGUGCCUUUUGGUGCAGCGCGUGUUCCGAGACUCCGGUGCCUUCGCUGGGUACUGGAACGUGACCCUGAUCCCCGAGGGCGCCAGACACAUCCGUGUAGCCCACCGGAGCCGCAACCACCUGGCGCUGAUAGGGGGCGACGGGCGCUACGUGCUCAACGGGAACUGGGCGGUCAGCCCACCCGGGACCUACGAGGCGGCGGGAACCCGUGUGGUCUACACCCGCGCUGCAGGGCCAGAGGAGACGCUGAGCGCGGCUGGGCCCACGUCCCAAGACCUGCUCCUGCAGGUCCUCCUGCAGGAGCCCAACCCCGGCAUCGCGUUCGAGUUCUGGCUCCCGCGGGAGCGCUAUGGGCCCUUCCAGGCACAGGCGCAGGCCGUGGGCUGGUUCCUGCGGCAGCAGCAGCCUCGGGAGGUAGAACCGCAGGCCCCCGAACUCCCUGCAGCCCCAGCUCCCAGUGCCCCGCGCACCCCGACCCCGGCCCCAGACCCCUGCGGACGCUGCCCUGACACCCGAGGUCGUGCCCACCGGCUGCUGUACUAUUGUCGAGGCGACUUUGUAUUCAGGGCCCGAGUGCUGAGCCGCCUGCACCAGGGCCAGGAGACGCGCUAUGAGGUUCAAGUGCAGCUCAUCUACAAGAACCGCUCGCCACUGCGGGCCCUCGAGUAUGUGUGGGCACUGGGUCGCUGCCCCUGCCCCCGGCUGGACCUCCACCGUGAGUAUCUGCUGGCUGUCCAGCGCCUCAUCAGCCCGGAUGGCACUCAAGACCGACUACUGCUGCCCCACAUGGGCUAUGCCCGGGCCUGGAGCCCCGCUGAGGACAGCCGUGUGCGCCUGGCCGCCCGUCACUGCCCUGUCUGAGCCCUUCGACAAGGCCCUUGCCACGUGCAGCAAGAAAGACAUGCUGGACCAUGUUAGACCAGGCUCAAACUCAGCAUAUUUCCCCUCUUGCCCUGGCUUCCAGUGAGCUUAGAAAUAUCUCCCAUCCACAGCUAUGUGACUUCCCAUCACACAUGCUUAGACGGCCCUGCACACGGUCAGAUCCACUGCCAUGAGCAGGAGCCAGUGGUGAGGAUGCACUGAAUAGACCCGAACUCAUUUCCUCUCUCACUCUGGCUGCCAGGAAACUCGUAGAUAUUUUACACUUUGAAACUUUGUGUCUGCUUUUAUCCCCUUUGCCUCACACUCACUUUCUUAGAGACACUGUCACAAACAAGCAAGGCCCAAAGGAAGACAUUGUAAUGUAUCCGUUUCCCCUCUUGCCCUUGCUACCAGGAAGCUCAUUGCUGUUUAACAACCUGACACCAUGUGCUCUCUCUUCUCACAGACACACAUAGGCUGCAUGUAUUCAAAGACACUCUAACAAACAGGCACGCUCC